AUGUCGCACCGCAAGCCGCGCCGCGAUCCCUGCAACAAUUCGGGCAAUUGCCAGGCUGCAGCGCGCAACACGGCGCUCUUGACGGGCGCUGUACAUGAUGAUGGCAGCAGCCCUUCGAUUGCUGUUCCCGACUUUGAGCUCGAGUUCCUCCACAAGAAGCUCGACCUUGUGCGCCUCCCUGACGAAUUGGACAACGCAGCAUGGGACUAUGGCGCACCCCUCGCAGACAUCAAGAGGCUCGUCGCGCGCUGGAAGGAUGGCUAUGACUGGCGGACGGCGGAGGCGGGCAUCAACGAGAUCCCACAGUUCACGAGGGACAUCGACGUCGACGGUUUUGGGACACUGAACAUCCAUUACAUUCACCAAAAGAGCGCGGUGAAGAACGCGGUCCCGCUGCUGUUUCUCCACGGAUGGCCUGGACACUUCCUUGAGGUGAGGAAAAUGCUGCCACUUCUGACGGCCGCCUCCGCGGACCACCCGAGCUUUCACGUCGUUGCACCCAAUCUGCCUAAUUUCGGGUUCUCGGAGGGAGUGAAGAAACCGGGGUUCCGUGGCGACCAGUACGCUGAGGUGGGGAACAAGCUUAUGCUCGCGCUGGGGUACGAGGAGUACGUCGUGCAGGGUGGAGACUGGGGCUCGUUCAUUGCCAGCAAGCUUGCCGCAGUGUACGGUCACAAAAGCGUCAAGGCGUGGCACACAAACUUCCCGAGAGCACGCAGUCCUCCGUCGCUCACCCAAUUCCCGCGACUCUGGCUACAGCACGCGCUCACGUCCUACACGGAGAGGGACCGCACGGGGCUCGCCCGCACGGCAUGGUUCAUGGCCAAGGGCCGCGGCUACUUCCUCGAGCAGGCGACACAGCCGCAGACGCUCGGGUACUCCCUUGCGGACUCGCCCGUCGGCCUGCUUGCGUGGGUGUACGAGAAGCUCGUGGUCUGGUCGGACAACUACCCCUGGGACGACGACGAGGUGUUGACGUGGAUAUCCGUGUACUGGUUCUCGAGGCCGGGUCCUGCCGCAUCGGUGAGGAUAUACUACGAAGCGACGAACGCGAACGAGUACACGAACGUCCCGUGGAGCUCCAUCCCAUGUGGGGUGUCAUUCUUCCCGAAGGAGAUCGGCGUCCCGCCGACGUGUGCGCGCACGAUCGGGAACGUCGUGUUUGAGUCGGAGCACAGCGCGGGCGGCCACUUCGCUGCGCACGAAAGGCCGGAGGAUUUUGCGCGGGACAUGCGCGCAAUGUUUGGGAGGGAUGGGCCUGCGUUUGGGGUCGUGCCAGGGAGGAUUGGUUAUGACUGA